AUGUCGUUGAUUUGUCUCCAGCUACUACCAUCAGUGACAGCAAAACGAGGUACGAGAGGUCACCAUGGAUUCAGAAUUUAUGGUCACGACGUCUUCCCUCGACUCGAAGGAAGAAAGCUGAGACUUUUCUACUCUCUCCACACCGACGGAAGAAAGCUGAGACUUUUCUACACUCUCCCACACCAUAAAACCCCUAAUCUCUCAAUUCCAAAAAUCGUCUUCCCAAAGUCUUUACUUCAUUUACAAUGGCUUCCGUCCUCCACGACUGACAUAUCUCUCCAAGGGAUCGCCGCCGUCACACCCAACGGUUUAUUGCAGCUAACCAACGCAACCACUCGGAAAACCGGUCACGCUUUCUAUACCAAACCAAUCCGGUUCAAAGAUUCUCCAAACGGCAACGUCUCGUCCUUCUCUACGACCUUUGUCUUCGCCAUCAACCCUCGGCUCCAGAUACUUAGCGGCUUGGGCAUGACCUUUGUCGUCGCUCCUAAGCCGGCCUCCCGUACGCCGAUGCCAGCCAAUACAUGGGUCUCUUCAACGCCACGAACAACGGUUUGGAUCGAUUACGAUGGUCUUUCGCACAAAAUCGAUGUGACGAUGGCUCCGUUCAACGAGGAUAAACCUAGAAAACCGCUUGUUUCUACUGUCAAGGAUCUAUCUUCGGUUCUGUUGCAAGACAUGUUCGUUGGUUUCUCGUCUUCCACCGGCCUUAUUAUAUCGUCGGAUCAUUUUGUUCUUGGGUGGAGUUUCGCGGUGAAGGGAAAAGCUCCGCCGUUGGCCUUAUCGAAACUUCCGAAAAUUCCGAGUUUCCCUCGUGUUGAUUCCGGUCUUGUUAAUCUUCUUCUCGUAUUCCUGGUGCGAUUCAUUGUGAGGAGGAGGAGGAAGUUCGCCGAGGAGAUCGAAGAUUGGGAAACAGAGUUCGCCAAGAUUCGGUUGAAGUUCAAGGACUUGUACUACGCCACCAAAGGGUUCAAGGAGAAGGGCCUUCUCGGGAUCCGGCGGGUUUGGGAGCGUUUACAAAGGUGUCAUGCCAAGACGAAGAAGAAGAUCGCCGUUAAAAGAGUCUCCAACGAAUCCCGACAAGGGUUGAAAGAGUUUGUGUCUGAGAUCGUGAGUAUUGAGGUAACACUCGACUGGAAACAGAGGUUUAAAGUCAUCAAAGGCGUGGCCUCUGGCUUGUUCUUCCUCCACGAGGAAUGGGAACAAGUGGUGAUUCACCGCGACAUCAAAGCCAGCAACGUCUUGUUAGACGCGGAGCUCAAUGGGAGACUCGGAGACUUCGGUUUAGCUCGGUUGUGCGGUCACGGCUCGGAUCCUCUAACCACUCGCGUCGCUGGAACAUGGGGAUACUUAGCCCCUGAUCACAUCAGGACAGGAAGGCCACGACCACUACCGAUGUUUUUGCGUUUGGGGUGCUCCUACUUGAAGUAG